AUGAAGGGAGAUGUGGAGAGGGAGUACCUGAGCCCUGAUUUAAACCUGCUCCGCAUGUUCCGCCUGUACAAGGAACACAAUCCAACAUCCACUGCAAAGUUCUGGCUCUAUAGGGACAUCUUCAAGCAGCAGAACCUCAGUUUUGGGCAGCCAAGAAGUGACACUUGUGCGAAAUGUGACGCCCUGUUUUUAAAAUUAACAGCUGCUACAACAGAAGGAGAAAGGUUGAAGAUCGCAGCCGAGAGUGAGCUUCACCACCGGAAAGCUGAAAAAGCGUACACCCAGUUGCAGGCUGACACAGAGUGGGCCAAAGCCAAUGAUGACUGCCAUGUCAUUUGUAUCGACAUGCAGGGGGUAGUGUUCACGCCAAACCUGACACACUCCAACGUGUACUAUCAACGGCAGCUGGCCAACUACAACCUCUGUAUCCAGGAGAUGGGCACUGACGAUCCUCCUACAAUGUGCCUCUGGCAUGAGGGCAUCGCUCACAGAGGUUCCAUCGAGGUGGCAAGCUGUCUUUUGAAGUGGGCAGAAACAUCUUUUGCUCCCCUAGUCCAGGCAAAGGAACGGAAGCUCGUCAUCUAUAGUGACCGAUGCUGUGGGCAGAACAACAACUGGCGAGUCCUAAACCUCAUGGCCCUGCUCGUAUCUAGAAGGUACUUCAGUCAGAUAGAGCAGAAGUUCAUGGUGUCUGGUCACUCCUUCCUUCCCUGUGACCGUUCCUUUGCCACGCUGGACAAGAGGCGUAAGGUGUCCACACUCCACACCCCCAGCGAUGUCGCCGAGAUGAUCCGUGGAGCCAGGCAGCAGCAUCCAUUCAAAGUCAUUGAGAUGAAAUGUCCGGACUUCAGGCAGCUCCCUGAUGCAACAUUAAAGCGUCCACCUGGCUUGCUAAUCACAUCCAUGAUGUGGUUGAAAGUGACAGCUGCUGAUCCAUGGUGUGUCCACACAAAAGGGAGCCACAGCCUCUACGAGGGAUGGAAGACCUGGCUGAUCACCAAACAGAGGAAGAAUCAACCACCUCCAGCUCCCUUGUUCUCCACCACGUAUGCUCGUGCUUAUGAGGACCCUCUGCCCGUCAAGAAGGAGAAGCACCGGGAUCUUAUGAAAAUGCUAGCCUACAUGCCACCGGAGGCCCAAGCAUUUUAUGGGGCAUUAGAAUUAACUACUACUACUUCAGAAAGUGCUGAAGAAAGGAAGGGCAUAAAAGAUCUAACAAGCGAACUUCGACGGCAACUCUGCAGACUGAGAAGGGCAGAAAGGUCUCUGAAACUGAGGAAGGAGAAGGAGGCUAAGCGGGCUCAGUUCAUUAAGGACCCAUACAGGUUUACCAAAACCCUGCUGGGGGAAGCAAGAUCCGGAAGAUUGACUAGCCCCAAGGAAGUUGUAGAGGAGUUCUUGAAGGAGAGCCACAGUGAGGCCCUCAGGAACCAAGCCUGUGGUGCGCACCCAAAGAUCAGCAGAACUGCCGAAACUCCUGAGGAAGAGCUUGAUACCAGUGAACCAACAUGGAGAGAAGUCCAGGACAUUGUGCAGAAAGCCCGUUCAGCAUCUGCCCCAGGACCAAGUGGUAUACCUUAUAAAGUAUACAAGAGAUGCCCGAUGCUCCUCCGCAGGUUAUGGAAACUGUUGCGAAGGAUUUGGACAAAAGGUAUCAUUCCAGCAUUUUGGAAAAGAGCAGAGGGGUGUUUUGUACCCAAGGAAAUGGACUCCUCCGACAUCAGUCAGUUCCGAACCAUUUCACUCCUAAGUGUCGAAUGCAAGGUAUUCUUUUCUGUCCUGGCAAAAAGGAUGACUACCUACAUGGUGAAGAAUAAAUAUGUCGACACAUCAGUACAGAAGGGCGGCAUUCCAGGUUUCUCCGGGUGCUUGGAACAUACGGGCAUCCUCAACCAGCUGAUCCGGGAGGCCAAGGGGAACAAAGGAAACCUAACGGUUGUCUGGCUCGACUUGGCUAACGCAUACGGUUCAAUCCCGCAUGGCCUCAUCAAUAUGGCUAUGGAACACUACUAUAUCCCCCACCACACCAGGGGUAUAAUUACCAGCUACUUCGGAGGAUUUAAACUACGGUUCAAAACUGCCCAGUUUACAACUCAGUGGCAGGACCUUGAAAAGGGAAUCGUGACAGGCUGUACCAUCUCCCCCAUCCUGUUUGUCAUGGGAAUGAACCUGCUCAUAACAGCUGCAGGAAAGGAAUCCAGAGGGCCAACAAUGGAGUCUGGCAUUCGACAACCUCCAAUAAGAGGCUUUAUGGAUGACCUUACCAUAACAACUUCAACCCAUGUGCAAGCAAGAUGGAUCCUGAAGGCACUUGAUGACGUGGUAACAUGGGCUCGGAUGAAGUUCAAACCAAGAAAAUCAAGAAGUAUGGUGAUCAGAAGUGGAAAAGUGACCAGCAAGUUCCAGUUGCGAGUACAGGGGGAGAUGAUUCCGUCAAUUGAGGAAAACCCAAUUAAGUGCCUAGGGAAAUGGUACGAUGCAUCCCUGACCGACAGAUGCAACGUUUCUAGGACAGAGAAACAGGCAGAUGCAUGGCUGAGUAAGAUCGAGGGGUCAGGACUACAAGGAAAGUUCAAGACCUGGCUCUUCCAGCACGGUCUGUUACCACGACUCAUGUGGCUACUGACACUUUAUGAAGUACCUAUGACAGCAGUGGAAGGAGUCGAGAGGCGAGUGAACAAACACCUUCGCAAGUGGCUCGGAAUCCCACCAAGCUUCACGUCAGUAGGGCUUUACACCAGGUCUGGUCAGGUACAGCUACCCCUAUCAUCAGUGGUGGAAGAGUUCAAGGUGGCAAAGUGCCGGGUCGUGAUGAUGUACCAAGACUCCACUGAUGAAAAAGUCAGAGAAGCAGGCGUCACUACAAGAUCAGGACGCAAAUGGGCGGCUGACACAUCAGUGGCGCAAGCAGAAAGCGCAUUGAAGCUGAAGGACAUCAUCGGGAACCCAUGCGUAGGGAGGCAAGGACUCGGGUCCACACACUUCCAGCAGUGGGGUAAAGCAGACCCAAGGCAGAGGAGGGACAUGAUUCAAGCCGAGGUCCGACACCUGGAGGAAGAAAGGCGCAGGUCUAGGGCCGUCGAACUUGGAGCACAAGGUGCCUGGACAAAGUGGGACCUGCCGAAGCGGAAGAUCACGUGGCCUGAGAUCUGGAGACAAGAGCCCUUUCGCAUCUCCUUCCUACUCCGUUCAGUUUACGACACCCUUCCAUCACCAACAAACCUCCACAGGUGGGGAAUGAGGGAGGACCCAUUGUGUAGGCUAUGCGGAGGGAGGGGAACAAUGGCGCACAUACUGGCAGGAUGCAAAACAGCUCUUAGCCAAGGAAGAUACAGGUGGCGCCAUGACAAGGUUCUCGGUGAACUGGCUGACAUCUUGGAGCAGGAGAGGCAGAGAAAGCGCCAGAACAGUACAAGGCCGGCAAAAUUCAUUCAGUUCAUUAGAGAAGGGGAGAAACCACCAGCUCCCAAGAGGAGGAAAAAGAGCCUCUUGCAAGCAGCACAAUCCUGGGAGAUGAGGGUGGACCUGGGAAGGAAACUAGUCUUCCCCCAGGUUGUGUAA